UUUGAGACAUAAAGAGAGUUUUAUUUCAUUUCAGUUCCACAAUUCACCUUCGGUGUGCAUAGAUGAACUGCUAAAGCGUGAUAAUUGUAUAACUCGGAGUGCAGGAACAAAUGUAUAAGUGACCUAGACUUUUCAUUCAAGCAACCUCCAUGAACAACUUGAAUGACCCCCCCAGAUGGAACAUCCAACCAGACCCUAGAGGAAGGGGGGCGGGGGCCGGUGAUGGGAACCAAUGGAACUACGCCCUGCUGGUCCCCAUGCUGGGACUGGCUGCAUUUCGUUGGAUCUGGACCAAGGAGUCUCAGAGGGAAAUCCAGAAGGUCAAAGCCCAAUAUGAAAAAGAUGUGUCCACAAUAAAAAGUGAGAUGGAGGCACGGUACCGGGAGACACUGACAGAGCAGCACAGGGCAGUAGCUACACUAGAGCUGGCGCUGGAGAAGGAGAGACAGAGGGUCAGAGGCUACAGGCAGGCUCUGGUCUCCCAGAGCCAGCAGCUGAUGGAGGAACGGAAACAGUUACAGCAGGAGCGUGAGGCAUUGGAGGGAGAGAAGCAAAGGCUGGUAAAGUCUGGCGCUGCAGGGGCUGUGCUGCACCAAGCCCUGGAACGAGAGAACAACUGGUAUAAUCGAGCUACUACCACUCUGAAGGAGCUAGAGGGUCAGCUCGUGGAACGCCAGAACGUCUAUUGUUCCCCCCUCCAACCUCGAGACCAGCGGCUAGAGAUGGAGAAGAACAUGCUUCUUAAGGUCGUCAGAGAACCAAUUGGGGCAGAACUGGAUCUAGAGUCUGAUCUGAAGGAUAUUUUCAAGAGAGAUAAGUACUGUGCAGACCUACUAAACAUGGACAAGAGGAAGAAUGGAAGCCUCAUGUGGGUGUACCUCAGGUACUGGCAGCUGCAGGUCACUGUCCAGAAACACAAGAGAGCUGAAGAAGCCAUAUUAGGAGAGAAAAUCCAGUCUUACACAAAGUGACAAAAGACAAACUCAAGCUGGUGUUUUUCAUUUGACUCUGAAGAAUGUUGAAAGUGUUUGGAUCAGGAAUAGAAAAUGCAUGUGUUUUUUGCUCCUUGUAGUUCUCUUUAUUUUAUAGUGAUGUUAUGGAAACACACAGGAGGCAGUCUCAACAAGAUAAUGGUCAACCUCUCAAAGUUCCUCCCUUAAUCUCUGUCAUCCCUUUGUCUGUUCUGCAGCAUGCCAAAAUACAAGAUUACUAUAAAUUCAGACGCCCCAGUUAACACACAUUAGUUUUAAAUUAAUUGCGUGAAAACACAUAAAGAUGAAAUUGCACUGAAGUCAUACAGUCCUGUUGGAUAUGGAUAUGAACUUGGAAAAAUUGGAAAAUUCUGUCAGAAUAUUUGUAACAAUUCUCAUUCUCUGAGUGUCAUGAAUUACUGCCAGGUGCAUUUAUUGAAUUUAUGCCUUCUAAUAACUGUUCCUAAUUUGAUGUAAUACGACAUACGCAUCUUUAGGGAAAAUGUCACAAUAACAAGAGAAACUGCCAUGGUGAACAGAAAAGCUGGGAAUCAUGAACACAUUGUCAAGAGUAUUUUCUCCAACAAUGUUUUGAUGAAAGAGUCAGUGAAGUCUUUAUGUGGAAUGUGUUUUUCAUACACUAAUAUGAGGACAAACUCUCUGCACGAGAUAUUUAUUGUAUUAUCCGUGUGACUUGGUUUGUUUAUACCAACACACACCAACGCAUUCUGUCCAUAACAUUAUGGGGUUUUCCUUCCAUCUCUGACAUCUCUCUGUGCACUCUGGUCUGUGUUGCUAUUUAUGGUACAUAGCCUAAAGCCAAUAAAACAGCGUAUCAGCUUCUGA